AUGCCGCGCAAGCUGUAUCCCAUCCAUCCAUCACAAGAACACCGCCUGAACCCCGAGUACAAGGCCUACUACAAUGAAAACGCCAUCGCCGUCCCUAAGCUCCAUACGAUUCCAAUUGACGUGAUUCGCUCCAUUCCCCGUCGCCCGUUUCCCGGCUGCGGGCCCGAGGUUCCGGUCGGAAACAAGGAGGAUAUUUCCAUCACGCCGGACGCGGGCCCGGCCAAGGGCCUGACAAUACCGACCCGCUGCUACACCCCGCCUGGCUCCGCGCCCAGCGGAGGGUGGCCGGUCCUUGUCUUUUACCACGGCGGCGGGUGGACGGUUGGCGGGCUCGAUUCCGAGUCGGACAUCCUCACCAACAUUUGCACGCGCGCCAAGUGCGUGGUUGUGUCCGUCGAUUACAGGCAAGCUCCUCCACUGGCCCCGGAGCACCCAUUCCCCGCCGCCGUGGAUGACGCCUGGGCCGCGCUCCUCUGGGUCGCCUCCAAAGGCAAGGCCCGGCUCAGCAUCAACCCGGACAACCUUGCCGUCGGCGGAUCCUCAGCCGGCGGCAACCUGGCCGCCGUCAUGGCCCAGCGCGCGGCAUCGGCGGCUGCCCGCGGCGGUGGCCCGCGCAUCAAAACGCAGCUCCUCAACAUCCCUGUAACGGACAACACGCGGACCGUGGACAAUAACGAGUGCUGGCGCGACCUUCAGCACUCGCCCGCGCUCUCCGCUGACAUGAUGCUGUGGUUCCGCAACUGCUAUCUGCCCCAGCGCGGCGCGGCCGACUGGGCCGACCCGGAGGCCAGCCCACUGCUCUGGCACGGCGACUGGUCCGCGCUGCCCCCGGCCGUCAUUAUCGUCGCCGGCCUCGACGUGCUGCGCGACGAGGGCGAGGCCUUUGCCGCCAAGCUGACGCGGGCUGGUGUGCAGGCCCGAGUCACCACAUUCCCGGACCAGCCGCACAUCUUCCCUGCUAUGAGUGGCGUGCUCGAGGACCGUCACCAUCAUGUGCGAGGGCCUGCAUGA